CGGCCAUGUAUCAGCGAAACAUGGGCCCAACAGUGGGCGCGCUGCGGCGUACACUAGCUGCAGAUGUUGCAACGACACCAAAACGCUCUUCGAGGGCCUUCAGCCUGUCUGCGCGCAGGGUCGAGGAGUCCACUGGUGCAGCGCCCUCCGCUCCUGCAUCGGCGAAUCCAGACUCCCGCAGAGCACGCACCGCCAACGCCCUCAGCCAGAUUACCCGCCUCGGAGCAAACCGCCGCACCGCAGGUAUCCAGCCUGGAGGCCUCGCAAAGGGCAACUUCCCCAGCGGCCAGACAGAUGGACAGCCUGGACGAGGUCCUCCGCGCGUCAGGCCCGAAGGCAGUCUGAAGAUCACCAGGGAAGCGACCGGUCCCGAGGGAGCCAGGAGAGGUGCACCACAGCCGGGCGCUAUGGCUCGCGCCCCUGCCCAAUUGAAGCUUUCGCGCAACAGCGGGUCACGAGCAGGAAGCAACGCGUCAGUCGGGGGCAGGCGCGGCCCCAACCUUCGUGGGCGUGAUGAAAAACCGGGCGGCCCCGGCAAUCGCUCGCGUGAUGGACCGAAUAAGCGCACCGGCAGCGGUGGGGACGAGGAGAGAGUCGAUGCUCGCGAUAUCAAGUUCGAAAACACACUGUCUGACGGCAUGGUCCAGCACCUCCUGCGACUACAGCGAGGCCAGUGGGACCGCAAGCCGUACGAGCCGAAGUAUGCGCCCGGGAGCUUUGCGGCGAACCAGUUGAUACACCAAGGGCGAGAGCUGUUCCGUGGCGAGGCGCCGCCAGUCAAGAUCUGGGGAAGGCUGGAGAAGACGAUUGGCGUAGUGGGCAUGCACAAUGCGGAGGCGCACUUGAAAGUUAGGCGGUUGACAGAUCUGGACGACGAGUCUCUGGGUGACAGGAGACAACACUUCGAGAACGGAGACGUUGAUAUCCCGGUAAUUGGGAAGGCGCCUCAGGCUAGUAAGGCAGCUGCAGAGACUCCUGCCAUGAGCGCACCUGCAGCUGUAACGCAGGCGGCAGCAGCGAAGGUCUCUGCACCAGAGCAGGCAUUGGUUGCACAGUAGAUGAGCUUCGAAGCAGCGUGUACAAGGAUUGUAGAACAAGCGUAGCAAUUGUAUCAUCACCAAUAUCAUCGUCAUUACAACAACACCAG